AUGUUGUUGGGACCAUAUUCAUUAGAAAUUAUUGUUGACGGAUCACCUAUUCCCGAGCUUAGCGAACCCGUGAAAAAUUUAAAAGUACCCACUUCCACCGGUCCUUCGUACAUUUUUAAUGAAUUGACCGGACAAUGGCAUAUUAGUGAUUCCAUUACUUGGGCCAAAGUACGAGAUACUGGUUCACACUUUGCCGUUAGAUUCUCCUCAUCAUCAGUUUCACCUUGGUUUCCCCUAAUGGCUUUUCUCGUUAUUGAUGGUCAAUUGGAUUAUCGUUACGUGGAAAUUUAUAAUACUGAUUUCCACUCGCGAGAUCAUUUCUUAUCAUCUGAUAAAUCCACAAAAUAUUUUUUUAAAUUCAAUCAUUCCAUUUGGUCUGAUGAAUAUCAACCUAAAGGUUGCGAUUUUAACACAAGAUAUGGAGGUCUUGGUGCGGUUUCCUUGUAUUUUUACAGGGCAAAGUCAAUCAACGAAAAGUGUGAUGUCAUGCCACAUGUUGACAUCCGGCAACCCGUCCUAUCGGAAAGAAAAGUUACCAGAGAUAUUACAAUCUCUACAAGUUUUGAUGUGACCUUAAACCAUUUAGGUCUUUCCAUUCCCAAUAUGAACUAUUUGCAAUCUUUGUAUUGCGUUCCUAUUGGAGUUUUACACUUGCAUUAUCGAACUUUAAAUGUUGUUUCGUUACCAAUUCAUUUUCCACCAUGUGAAGCUAUCGCACGAUAUUUCACUCGUUACAUGAUUAUGGAUCCAAAGCAAGGAUCUAAAUAUGGUGAAUCCUUACCGAUCAAACAUGAACUCGAAUGUAAUGAAUUCUUAUCAACCAAACAAGUAUCAGAAUAUAAUGAAUACUUGUCAAUAAAACAAGAACCCGAAUGUCAUGGAUUCUUAUCAAUAAGGCAUGCACCUGAGGAAUGUGGAUUUACACCAAUAAAGCAAGAGAAUUUUCAAGUUGAAGUACUUGCCUCGGAAAAUCAAAAGGAUGUAAACUCUUGGUUUGAUUUGAAUCAUUCAACGAAUCAAUCCUUUGCGAAUUUCAGGCAAGAAAUCAAAAAAGAAUUAAUCACUCCAAUCAAGAUUGAAACAAUUAGUAUGGUCGCCAAGCACCAUGAUUUUGUGGAUCACAAGAAGAACAAAGUUGGAGGAGGAACGAAGAAGAAAAACAAAAAAAAAAGUCAUCGUAGUUGUAAAAAGAAAUUACGUAAAUCAAAAUUAGCUUAA